AUCCAGGUCGCACCAUCCGGUUUCCCCCUCACGAAGCUUGCAACUAUCUGACUUCAGCCGACGUCCGUAACGCACACGCUUCUUCUUCAACGAACCCCACCAUGUCUGGAAGAGGAAAAACCGGCGCCAAGGUCCGCGCCAAGGCGAAGACCCGCUCCUCCCGUGCCGGGCUGCAGUUCCCCGUGGGCCGCGUCCACAGGCUGCUGCGCAAGGGCAACUACGCGGAGCGCGUCGGAGCCGGAGCCCCGGUGUACCUGGCGGCCGUGCUGGAGUACCUGACCGCUGAGAUCCUGGAGCUGGCCGGAAACGCGGCCAGGGACAACAAGAAGACCCGCAUCAUCCCCCGUCACCUGCAGCUGGCUGUCCGCAACGACGAGGAGCUGAACAAGCUGCUGGGAGGCGUCACCAUCGCCCAGGGGGGAGUGCUGCCCAACAUCCAGGCCGUGCUGCUGCCCAAGAAGACCGGCCAGGCGGCGCCCGGCGCCGGCAAGGCGUCCAAGAAGGCCUCCUCGCAGUCGCAGGAGUACUAGCUCCGGCUGCAGACUCACACCACAACGGCCCUUUUAAGGGCCACCCCCCCCUCCUGAGAGCAACUUUCCUGUCUUUUGCUUGUGAAAUGUUUUUAUUUAAUAAACGCAGGUUUUUGUA